GGUGGGAAAGGAGGGGAGAGGUGGGGGAGGGGGAGGAGGAGAGGAAACAAAAACAAUCGCCCGGGCGCCGCCAUCUUGGGUCCGUUCUCCACGCCACACAAGUGAAUGGGUAGAUAUGAAAUUACCACAGGGGAGCAGCGGCAGCAGCAGGGUACGGAGGGUCGUUCCGAGCUGCCGGUUGGACUCGGGAGACUUUAGAGACGGCUCCAACCACUGCUACUACCGCCACCACCACCACCGCCGCCUGUGGGCAAAAAGCGGGCUCGGCCUUUUCUCUUCGUCAACCUUUAAACUGCACUCGUGGAGGGACAAAGUUGGUGUCCGCCGCUCUGCCUCCGCCGCCGGGGAGACGGGAGAGCCGGGCGUGAGGCGGGCUGAGCGCUAAGGGCGGCGAGCCGGGCAGCGCUGCGAGGGGAGCGGCGGAGGAGGAGGAGGAGAAGGAGGAAGGCUCCUGCUUCUCAACCCGUAGAGCUGCCGUGGGAAGCCGGCCUCGCGAUCAUUUUCUCUUCUUUUUCUUUUAUUUUUUUUUUUUUUACUUUAAAUUGAGCCUCGAGGGAGCGGGGCGGGGUGGCAUGGAAGCGUCGUAGAAGGGAAACGGUAAAACGCCGUUCUCGGAGCGGAGCGCUCAGCCCCGCCGCCGCACGGACUGACGGAGCGCUGCCAUGGAGCCGCCGAGCCGCGCGGAGCGCAGCGCUGCUUAACGGGAGGCGGGACGGCGGUCGGCCGUCGGGAGCCGCGUUGUGGGGGAGCCUCGUGGCCGCCGGCUCCUCCGUUGACUUCAUCUGCCUUCGUUUCCCUUUGGAUCCGUAGCGUACUUUCGUGAGUUAAACCCCGUGAAUUUGUACAGAAGCCGAAUGACACGUGUGUUUUGAAACACUGCUCGGAUUCUCGCUCGGUCGGUCUCCAAACGAGCCCGAUUUUGCUGUUUGGUGAACACUAUCUCCGGAGAAGUUGCUAUAGAUUGCUUUAUAACGGUUCUGCAAGAAAGGGGGGGUGGGGGGAGAGAGGGAAUUUUCCGGCUUGCAGGACCAAGAAACUGGAUACUAAAAGUCACUUAAAUGUCCUAACAGCGUUGGAAAAUGGGAGCUGCUACGAAGUUAGCGUUCGCUGUUUUUCUCAUCUCGUGUUCUUCAGGUGCCAUUCUUGGCAGAUCAGAAACACAAGAGUGCAUCUACUACAACGCUAAUUGGGAGAAAGAUAAAACAAAUCGCAGUGGCAUUGAACCCUGUUAUGGAGAUAAAGAUAAAAGACGACACUGUUUUGCUACAUGGAAGAAUAUUUCUGGAUCAAUUGAAAUUGUGAAACAAGGUUGCUGGCUAGACGACAUCAACUGUUACGACAGGAAUGAUUGCAUAGAGAAAAAAGACAGCCCUGAAGUGUUCUUCUGUUGUUGUGAAGGCAACAUGUGUAAUGAACGCUUCUUCUAUUUUCCAGAAAUGGAGGUCACACAGCCAACUUCCAAUCCAGUCACACCGAAGCCACCUCUAUUCAACACCUUGCUUUAUUCAUUGGUGCCUAUAAUGGGAAUUGCAGUCAUUGUGCUCUUUUCAUUUUGGAUGUACAGACAUCACAAGCUAGCAUAUCCUCCAGUACUUGUUCCAACCCAAGAUCCUGGACCACCACCACCUUCACCAUUGAUGGGUUUGAAGCCACUGCAGUUGCUAGAGAUCAAAGCCAGGGGACGAUUUGGGUGUGUGUGGAAAGCUCAGCUGCUGAAUGAAUAUGUUGCAGUCAAAAUAUUCCCAAUCCAGGACAAACAGUCGUGGCAGAAUGAAUAUGAAAUUUACAGCCUACCUGGAAUGAAGCAUGACAAUAUCUUACAGUUCAUUGGUGCAGAGAAACGAGGCACUAGCAUUGAUGUGGAUCUCUGGUUAAUUACAGCAUUUCACGAAAAGGGUUCAUUAACUGACUUCCUCAAGGCUAACGUGGUUUCCUGGAACGAGCUGUGUCACAUUGCUCAGACUAUGGCUCGAGGCUUGGCUUAUCUCCACGAGGAUAUUCCAGGGCUAAAGGAUGGACAUAAACCUGCCAUCUCACAUAGGGACAUCAAGAGCAAGAAUGUGCUGCUGAAAAACAACCUUACAGCCUGCAUUGCUGAUUUUGGUCUAGCUUUAAAGUUUGAGGCUGGGAAAUCUGCAGGAGAUACACAUGGACAGGUUGGCACACGAAGGUAUAUGGCUCCUGAGGUCCUAGAAGGUGCUAUAAACUUCCAAAGGGAUGCGUUUUUGAGAAUAGACAUGUAUGCCAUGGGCUUGGUCCUCUGGGAGCUGGCAUCGCGCUGCACUGCCUCAGAUGGCCCUGUAGAUGAAUACAUGUUGCCAUUUGAAGAAGAAAUUGGCCAGCAUCCUUCCCUUGAAGACAUGCAGGAAGUUGUGGUUCAUAAAAAGAAGAGACCUGUUCUAAGAGAGUGUUGGCAAAAGCAUUCUGGAAUGGCGAUGCUCUGUGAGACCAUCGAGGAGUGCUGGGAUCACGACGCAGAAGCCAGGCUGUCGGCGGGGUGCGUGGAAGAACGCAUUAUUCAGAUGCAAAAAUUAACUAACAUUAUAACAACAGAGGACAUUGUGACUGUGGUCACAAUGGUGACAAAUGUUGACUUUCCUCCCAAAGAAUCCAGUCUAUGAUAGUUGCACUGGUCACGUCACUGACCAACGGGACUCUUCACUGGAGCUGCUAAAGCUAACGGGACUGCUGUCGUCAUUGUGUUCUGUGUGAAGCGACCGCGGGGUCUCUGGGAGCAUCUUCAGGAGGUGUUUCCCUUUCUGCUCCCCCUCCUCCUCCCACACACGAAUCCAUGAGACUUUCUGCAUUCCCUGCUGACGCCAGAAGGACGCGUGAUGAGGUGGCAGUGGGCUGCUCAGGGCCUGAAACGAAGAGCGGACCUGGAUGGGCUAAUGGAGCGUUUUAAAAACUGACAUCAGAUUUCUUAAUACCUGUCAGAAGAGACUAAUUCCUUAAAUGAACUACUGUUAUUUUUUUUAAAUCAAACAUUUCAUUUCAGAUUUAAAAAAAAAAAAAAGGGUAACUUGUUUUUAUUGCAUUUGCUGUUGUUUAUAAAGAUGACUAUUGUAAUGCCAAUAUGACACAGCUUGUGAAUGUUUAGUGUGCUGCUGUUCGGUGUACAUAAACAAAAGUAAUCAAGUGGGAUAUAGCAAAGAGGCUUCCAAGUAUUACUUAACCUCCCUCAACAAGGUAUACCUCAGUUCCACCUCUGCUAAAUUAUGAGAUUUGACAACACUAACAAAAUUGGAAUAAUAAAUUGAUCCAUGUUUUGUAAAUGAUGUAUUUCAAAUUCACUGUGUUAUUUAAAAAGGGUAAGCUAUGCUUCAUGCCAACAGUAAAUGGCCAUUCCUAAAGCAGUGUUUUUAGCCUUUUUCUUGUACUAGCUUGUUGUGUAUAAAAAAAAAAAGUGCUGUUUAUUGAAACAAACUUUUCCUCCCUGUUUUAGUUUGAAGCUUUUCUCUUACCUCCAUUUCCCAGAGUAUCUCAUACAUUUAUUUAAUGGAAUACUAUUUAGGUUUGCUGUGUCUGAGGAAUAGUUGAAAGCUUAAGCAUGACUUUUUAAAUUUUCUGUGAGCUGUGACACUGGAAAGCUCUGAGAUCUUAGUCUUUUUUUUUUUUAUUUUAAAGAGAAGUCUUUUUCCUAUUUAUGUUUGUGACGAGGUCUGCCUAGUGUGUUCUCUGUUUCACUAAACAGGAUGCAGUGGGUUCUGUGUCUCUGUUUCAGGAUCACCUCAGGAAGCUCAGUUACCCCAAAUUCCUUCCUCUCUGCUUUGAGAUUUGCAUCUUCACUCUACUUCAAGUUGGUGCCAUCUUAUCAGCGUACUGCUUGCUGUCUGUGAUACAUGGGCUUAUCCACCCCCAACUGAAACCACCGCCACGCUUUUCAGAUGAUAAACACUUACAGGUGUCAGGGAUAACUUAGUCACAGUGUAACUGAAAUAUGCAAUGACAAAUCAGAGGUAACGAAUACCGCUGUCCGUACCACAGACUUGCAGAGACGUAGGGAAGAACACUGAAAUUGCUUUCACUACUCCAAUGUUAUUUUUGAGUUUCAGAAGUCAUGCCUUACAUGUAAAUUAUAAACAGACUGGUAGAUAGGUGCCAAAGUGCUUCUCAGAAGUACUGCUCCACCAGAUUUAUUUGAUCCUUUACAAAGACUACAAUAAAUGUUAUAAACCUCUGGACUACAGAACUGAUGUCAGCCAUGCUGUGCUGUGUGUUUUUAUCAUCGUGUGUUCGUUAUCACACUGAGCAUUGGAGGGCUUUUGAAAGAAGCCUGUAAUGUUACAAUUAGGGGCUCACUGUGAACGUUACCUUAGAAGAUUGUUCUGUACAGCCCCAAGGUGCUGUUUUACAGGGACUUCAUCUCUGGCAAGAGUAAUGGAGGUUACAGCAAACAAGAUGUAGGUCAGUGUGCUCUCAGCAGGGAGGGAAGGGAAGGCACGGCUGCGGUGCUGCACUCCCUGUGCUGUGUCACACUGCUGCUUGGCCUUCUGCUGAGGUUCCACAUGGCUCUGAAGGGUUGCUGCUACUGCAGGGAGCAGCUCGGUGGUGUUCAG